GUAAAUUGAAUAAUUUAUUUUUCUCGUCUUCCAAGGUUUGAAAAACACGACAUCAACAUUCUACAAUGGCGGAUGAAAAAGACGCUUUCUAUGUUGUUAAAAAAGGGAAUCUUGUUGGCAUUUACAAGUCUUUAACUGAUAUCCAACCUUUACUUUCAUCUUCUGUUUGUGGUGAGAGUGUGAGUGUUUAUAAAGGGUUUUGUUUGCCUGAAGAAACUGAGGAGUAUCUUGUCUCACAUGGGCUUAAAGGAGCUACUUACUCUAUCAGUGCUGCCAAUGUUAAUGCAGCUAGUUUUGGAAAACUUGUUCCUUGUCCUUAUCAGGAUCCAUACUCUUCUGGAGGAGGAGUUAUGGUGAAUUCCACAUCAAAGAGCUUGCAAGGUGCAUUACAAGUUGAUGAUAGUAAUCCUAAUUCUAACGGAGGAAGAACAAUUAUGACGAAUUCCUCGUCACAUAAUUGUGCCAUGCAACUUGAUACUAAUAAGGGAGGUGGAUCAUUUUCAUUUUCAACAAACGUGCAAAGGAAGCAUAGUACAAGUGGAUUACAACUACAAGCAGAGUUGUCUACUAAUACUUGCAUUUCUUGUACACUUCACUUUGAUGGCGCAUCUAAAGGGAACCCUGGGCUUGCCGGUGCGGGAGCAAUUUUGAGGGCAGAUGAUGGAAGCAAGGUCUAUCGAUUGCGUGAAGGAGUUGGUACGGCUACUAAUAAUGUUGCCGAAUACAGAGCCUUGAUUUUAGGAUUAAAACAAGCUCUCGAGAAAGGAUUUAAGCAUGUAUGUGUUAAAGGAGACUCCCUACUUGUUUGUAAUCAGAUUCAAGGUUUAUGGAAAAUAAAAAACCAGAAUAUGAGUUAUUUAUGCAACGAGGCCAAAGAGCUGAAGAAUAAGUUUCUGUCAUUCAGGAUAAAUCAUAUUCCAAGGGAAUAUAACCGAGAUGCUGAUACUCAAGCAAACCGUGCCGUUAAUCUUAAAGAUGGUGAAGUUGAAGAAGACUGAGAUAAAAUAAUGAUGAAUUAGUAGCAUGCAUGUCUUAUUCCUUUGUCUUCUGUUAAUGAAAAUUGAAGUGCAUUAGCUAUAAGGGUAGGUGUAAGCUAAAUUUCUUGUAUAGUGUAUGCAUAGCUAUUUAAACAAAUAGGAAUUCUAGAUGUGAUCCUAAAUUUUCAAAAGUUUUUAAAUGAAUUGGUUUUGCCUUAGCGACGCAAUUUGUUAUCUAUUUGCCUUUCUAUUUUGUAUAAACUUUAAUUUUUAUUUGGAUUUCUUAUUAU